AGAGUUUGACAUAAGUAGACAAUGUGAACCCCAAGAAAAUGCCUAAAAUAGAAUUUAAAAACACAGCGUUAACGUUAGUGUAGUUGUUAUUAUAGGCCUGAACUUCAGUAUGUUUCAAAGAAACAGAAUUAAGUUGACAAGCGAAACUGUAUCAGAUAAUGAGUUAUGCGGAGAAACCAGAGGACGUAACAAAAGAGGAAUGGAUGGAUAAGAUCAACAACGUCCACAUUCAAAGAGCGGAUAUGAACAGGCUAAUUAUGAAUUACUUAGUGACAGAGGGCUUUAAGGAAGCUGCAGAGAAGUUUCGAUUGGAGUCUGGGAUUGAGCCUUGUGUAGAUUUGGACUCUCUUGAUGAACGGAUUAAGAUCAGAGAGAUGAUCCUGAAAGGGCAGAUCCAGGAUGCUAUUGCACUUCUUAACAACUUGCACCCAGAACUACUAGACACCAAUCGUUAUCUCUACUUUCACCUGCAGCAACAACACUUGAUAGAGCUCAUUCGUUUACGGGAGACUGAAGCGGCCCUUGAGUUUGCUCAGGCCCAGUUAGCAGAACAAGGCGAGGAGAGCCGAGAAUGCCUGACUGAAAUGGAAAGGACACUUGCGCUUCUGGCAUUUGACAACCCAGAGGAAUCCCCUUUUGGAGAUCUGCUCAAUAUGAUGCAAAGACAAAAGGUAUGGGGUGAAGUAAAUCAGUCAGUGUUAGAUUAUGAAAACAGAGAAUCCACUCCCAAACUCGCCAAACUCCUCAAGCUACUACUGUGGGCUCAAAAUGAGCUCGACCAAAAGAAAGUGAAGUACCCCAAAAUGACAGACCUCAGCAAAGGCACCAUUGAAGACCUGAAAUAAGGAACAUUCAUUGAACCACAGCAUUAGAGACUGGACUGCUCUUUACUUAAUUUAUAUGUCAACAAACUUGCUCAUCUAGUACAACCUUUUGUUUUGUAAGGGUUGCUUUUUGAUACUUUCAUAACUCACACUGUUUAGAUAAAUGGUAUUAACACACAUAUCCAUGUUUUUAACAUGUUGUUUUACAUUUAUGCAUUGAAAUAUUACUUUUGUAUUUCUCUAUAUUAGUUCCGGUACACUAUUUUUUUCUGUCUAGUGACAGAGAAAGUUGGAAAAAGGAAGUAUGAAUGAAGCCUAAAUUAGGCUGUCAUGCCUGACUGUUAUUGUGACUACUUGCAGUUUAGUUCAGUAAGCACCCACACUUAAACUCGGUCUUUGACAUAUUGCCACUGUUGUUGAUCUGCUGUUAUUUUUAUAGGUGUAAUACUAAUUUUUAUUUUGAAUUUGCUGUUGGAUAUCUUAGCAAGUUGAAGCUGGAUUUUGAAAACCUUUCACUGCAGCUUAAAAGCAACUUUCUUACUGUAAAAAUAUUUAUUGUUAAGAAAAACGUGAACAGAAGCUUGUACAACUCAAAUGUACAUAAACAGAAUUUUAAGAAACUUCACUUUUAGGACUUAAGCCUAGUAUAGGACUAUAUGAUCUGCUAUUUUUCUCCUGUCUUAUUUUGCAAUUAAAGCGAGUCAUAACAUGACAUAACUACCA